AGCGAGUUCUGUCAGAUACCCGGCCGUGUCGGGUGGCAGUGCAGCGUCCUCUGACGGGGCCGGGACGUGUCGGGGGAGACGCGGGACACUGCGUCCAUUAGGAAGGUGAGCGCGCCUCCUCCUCGGAGCCCAGAUAGUCCAGCUUCCUUGGGCCUUCCUGCUCCCAUGGGGAAGCCGAUGGACGUAGCAGAAGAAAGCCUGGUCCUCUCUGCUUGGCCUCCAGGUCUUUCCCAGUCUCGCUGGAGGCGCACGUUUUGUCGUGUGCUCCUGGGGCAGGCAAGGUGUUCCAGUCCCAUCCUAGACUGCCUGAGGCCGUGCGCUUGCAAGUGGGUCACAUCUCCGGGAGAAAGAUGAGGAGAUAGGUUACCAGGUGACGGGGGUGUUUAUGAAGAACUGGGACUUGCUGGAUGAGCGGGGGGUGUGCGCCGCCGACAAAGACUGCGAGGACGCGUACAGAGUGUGCCAGAUCCUAGACCUCCCCUUCCGGCAAGUGUCCUACGUGAAGGAGUACUGGCAUGAUGUGUUCAGCGAUUUCUUAAAUGAGUAUGAAAAAGGAAGAACUCCUAAUCCUGACAUCAUCUGCAACAAGCACAUCAAGUUCAGUUGCUUUUUUAAUUACGCCGUGGAUAAUCUUGGAGCAGACGCCGUGGCCACGGGGCACUAUGCGAGGACGUCGCAGGAGGAUGAGGAGGUCUUCCGGCAGAAGCACAUCAGGAGGCCAGAGGGGCUCUUCAGGAACCGCUUUGAAGUUAGGAGCGCGGUAAAGCUUCUCCAAGCAGCUGACAGCUUUAAAGACCAGACCUUCUUUCUCAGCCAGGUUUCCCAGGACGCCCUGCGGAGAACCCUCUUCCCCCUGGGGGGGUUAACGAAAGCGUUUGUAAAGAAAAUAGCUGCUGAGAAUAGACUCCAUCAUGUGCUUCAGAAAAAGGAGAGCAUGGGCAUCUGUUUCGUUGGCAAAAGGAACUUUGAGGAUUUCAUUCUUCAGUAUUUACAGCCUCGACCCGGUAAAUUUAUUUCUAUAGAAGACAAUAAGGUUCUGGGAACGCACAAAGGCUGGUUCCUGUACACUCUGGGCCAGAGAGCCAAGAUAGGGGGCUUGCGGGAGCCCUGGUACGUGGUGGAGAAGGACAGCGCCAGUGGCGACGUGCUCGUGGCCCCCCGGACAGACCACCCGGCCCUGUACAGGGACCUGCUGCGGACGGGCCGCGUGCACUGGAUCGCGGAGGAGCCGCCGGCAGCCCUGGUCCGGGACAAGAUGAUGGCCUGCCACUUCCGCUUCCGCCACCAGAUGGCGCUAGUGCCCUGCGUGCUGACUCUUAACCAGGACGGCACCGUGUGGGUGACGGCUGUGGAGGCUGUGCGGGCUCUCGCCCUGGGACAGUUCGCUGUGUUCUACAAAGGGGACGAGUGCCUGGGCAGCGGGAAGAUCCUCCGCCUGGGGCCGUCCGCCUACACGCUCCAGAAGGGCAGGAGCAAGUCCAGAGCGGCCACAGAGGGCUCCAGCGCCGGCCAGGGCGGUAGCCCGGGCCCGGGUCCCACGCUCUGACGAGGCUGAGCCGCCGCUGGGCAGUCCCAGGGGAGGACGUGGAGGAGCGCGGCCGCCAGGGGCUCUGCCGCCGCCUCAACCAAGGGGGUGUGGCCCGGCCUGCUGCCCCCCGCCCUGGCCAGGCUGGCCCAGCUUCUGGAAAGCCUCCGGAGCCGUGGAGAACCCGUCUUCCCCGCCUGCCCCGUGGUUGGAGCUCCGCGUUCACAGCCCCAGGCAGGUUGCCCCAGGAGCGCACCCGCGGGCCUGUGGGGGGUUGAACGGGCUGCAGGGAUGGCAUAUCCAAUAAAACGCCGUCGGGAUGUGGA